CCGACCCCGAGACGGACGACCGCAUGGAUGAGAUGCAGAUGGAGAUGGAGGCGCAGGCGCAGGCGCAUGUGCUCCUCUUCCCGUGGCCACAGCAAGGCCACAUCAACCCCAUGCUCCACCUCGCCUCCGCCCUCCUCGACGCCGGCCUCCACGUCACCUUCCUCCACACCGACCACAACCUCCGCCACCGCUUCGCUCGACCCCAUCACCCAACCCGUCUCCGUCUGCUGUCCAUCCCCGAUGGCCUACCCGACGACCACCCCCGCGCCGUCGGCGGCCUCAUCGAGCUCCUGGACUCCAUGCGCACGGCCAGCAGCGCCGCGUACCGCGCCCUGCUGCUUACCGAGUCCUCCCGCUCCCGCCCCGACUCCCUCGACGACGCUCCGCCACCGGUGACCUGCGUCGUCGUCGACGGCGUCAUGCCGUUCGCCAUCACGGUGGCCGAGGAGAUCGGCGUCCCGGCCCUCGCGUUCCGUACGGAAAGCGCGUUCGCCUUCCUGGCGUAUCUGUCCGUGCCCAGGCUCCUCGAGCUCGGCGAGACCCCCGUCCCUUCCGACGAGCAGGUGCGCGGCGUCCCAGGGAUGGAGGGGCUCCUACGCCGGCGAGACCUCCCGCGUGUAGUGCCGACGAAACAAGACGACGUCGGCGCAGAAGAAGCCGAUCCCGUCCCCGUGCUGCUGACCGUCGCCGACACCGCCGCCCACUGCCGCAACUCACGCGCGCUGAUACUCAACACCGCCGCGUCCAUGGAGGGCCCGGCAAUCGCACGCAUCGCGCCGCACAUGCGCGACGUCUUCGCCGUGGGACCGCUCCAUGCAAGGGUCGCCACCAAUACCAUUGCACUAGAAAAACACGAGGACGACGACGAGGACGACGACGACUACGGCUGCAAGGCGUGGCUGGACGGCCAGGACGACCGGUCUGUGGUGUACGUAAACCUAGGGAGCCUCACGGUCCUCUCCAGCGAGCAGCUGGCCGAGUUCCUCCACGGCCUCGUCGCCGCCGGCUACGCCUUCCUGUUCGUGCUCCAGCCAGAUAUGGUGGCCAGCUCGUCGGCGGUGCUCCAAGAGGCGGUGGAGGCAGCCGGUGAGAGGGCGCUGGUGGUGGAGUGGGUGCCCCGUGACGUGCACUACGUGCUGCGGCACCGCGCGGUGGGGUGCUUCCUGAUGCACGGCGGUUGGAACUCGAUGCUGGAGGCCGCCGUGGAGGGCGUGCCGGUGGUGUGCUGGCCCUUCUUCGCCGACCAGCCGGUGGUCAGCCGCUUCGUGGCCGCCGUCUGGAAGACGGGGCUGGACAUGAAGGACGUGUGCGACAGGGCCGUCGUGGAGAGGAUGGUGAGGGAGGCCAUGGAGUCCCCCGAGAUCAGGGCGUCGGCACAGGCCAUGGCACGCCAGCUUAGGCUGGACGUCGCCGCCGGUGGCUCGUCGUCCUCCGAGCUGCAGCGCCUCGUCGGCUUCAUCAACGAGCUCAGCGCCGUGCAUGUUCGAUCUAGAGACGCCGACGAGAAUUCAUCGCCCGCGGUUUCACUUCUCACUUGAUCAGUGUCGAAAUAUGAAUUCCGCAAUAAUAAAAUGGGGUAGCGCACGAGACCUAAAAGUGAAUGGAUGCGGAGACAAAGGAUUUAGACAGGUUCAGGCCCUCUCGAUGAGAGGUAAUACCCUACUCCUGUUCGGAGAUUUGAAUCCGCCGGGUGAA